AUGAGAAAAAAAUCAAUCUUAAAGAAAGCAAGAUAUUUAUCACAAGCAGAAGAAACUUCCUGUAUAUCAGAUAGACAAAAUAGUGAAACAAACGUAAAUGGAGAUAACUCCUCUAGUGAAAAAGGUAAUCUCAAUACAGAAAUUAAAACAUUUGUGGAAGAUACUAAUAAUGAACUUUAUUUUUAUCUUGAUGAUAAUGAAAUUAAGAAUACUACAGAAAAAUGUCAAAAGUCAUCCACAUAUAUAAAUUGGAGAGGAAUGGACUUUGUUAAUUUAGUAUUAAAUGAAGAAACAGAUCAUAAUAUCUCAAAUCUUGUUAAUUGUUGGAAUAAAAAACAAAGAUCUUUCGAGAAAAAAAUACAGGAUAAAACAACUUCAACAUGCACUUUGAAACAUUUUGAUUAUUGUGCUGUUUUGAAAAAAAAUGAUAACUGCACCAGUCCCUAUAAAGAUAGUGAUAUACCUGGGUUAAUAUCAUUAACGUAUAAUCAACUCAGUGAGGAGCAAUAUGAAUCAAAUAAAACUAAAAUUAUUUAUGAUAGACUUACUAAGUUUACUAAUAUUACUAGUGAUAUAUCUAAUUACUAUUAUAAAGUAUAUGAAGCUAAUAAAAGUCAACUUAAUUGUGGAAAGUGGAGUAUGUAUAUACAUAAGAGAGGAAAACAAUUUGUAAAUAUGGUGUACUAUGAGUUUUACUUGGAAGAAUCUUUUAGAGAAGAUUCUACUAAGAAUUGGAAUACUUAUAGUAAUAAUUUGCAAAGUAGUAUAUUAAGGGACACAGGUAAUCGAUGUAAUAUGACAUCACUAAUUUAUCAAAUUAAAGAGCGACAAAAUUCAACUGAUCCAUAUGGUUUAGCUUGGAUUACUCCAGAAAGCGAUCAAAAUACACCUAAUGAAACUUUAUCUAAUACAACUACAUUACCAGAUAACUUAGAACCUACAAUGGAAACUUCUAGUACACCACAUGUUAGUAUUGGUGUAGAUCCAUUAUAUGAUGAGGCAAAAGCUAAUAUUGGCGGUUUUAGUGAUUCUAUAAAGGAUCCCAUAAAUGCUAUAGCAUCACCGGAUGAUAAAGAUAAAGAUUCAAUAGCUGAAAAAGCUGCAAGAGCUGCAGUUACUGCUUCUCUAAAAGAUCCACCACAAUCCAAUUCUUUAACUCCAAAUCAUACAAUACAUUCUAAUACUAAUACUAUAUUUGACACAAUCUCACCUUCACCUUCCCCUGAGAUUGUAAUAUCUCCUACAACUAAAAUAUUACCUUCAGAUUCUACUAUAAGUAGUGGCAAACCUACAGUUACAUCUUUACCUGAAGAAAUAUCUUCUACAAAUAUAACUGCAUCUUCUACUACUAUAGUUGAGUCAUUUACAAAUAAUAUUACACCUUCUAGUACUAUCACUACGCCUCCUACAACUGCAUCUUUACCUCCUGAAACUUCAACUUCUCUAGAUAAUACAUUUACAGUUGACAAUGAGCCUUCUAUAAAUAAAAUGACAUCUCCUAUAACUGCUUUCUCUUCUAAGAUUAUACCUUCACAUUCAACUAUAACUACAACUUCUACAAAUGAAUUUAAAACGCCAUUACAUUCAUCUACUCCCACAAUUAGCUCUUCAUUAAAUGAAUAUGCAUCUUCUUCAAUAUCUAAUAUCGCAGGUACUUCAAUUGAUACUGAAUUACAUACAAAUGUUAUUACACCUUCUAAAACAUACACUUCACAUCCUGAAACUUCAUCUUUACCUUCUUCUGAAACUGCUGUAAAUAAAAUUAUAUCUACAAAUGGCAAUACAUCUUUAACAAAUGACUCUGAAUCUCCUACAAUUAAACCUUUACCUUCUCCCGAGGUUGAACCUUCUCUUAGAACUAUAACUGGAACUCCUACAGAUAGCUCUACACCUCCACUAACUUCAUCUACUCCUAUGAUCACCACUUUGCCUUCCACAAGUAAUUCUAUAUCUCCAACAGAUAACACAGAACAUCCGACAUCUACAAUGGACUAUGCUAUAAAUGGUCAAAUAUCUUCAUCAAUAUUUAACGCUACAGAUUCUUUAACUAAUACUGAAUCUUCUGCGAGCAAUACUACAUAUUCUGCAGCUACAUCUUCUUUUUUCCCUGAAAUUAAACCUUCUGCAACUACAUCAUCAACUUCCUCUGAAACUAUAUCUCCUAUUAAUCACGAUUCUCCCACAGAUGAUAUUAAUACUUCUACAAUUAAUUAUGAAUCCAUAAAUAGUCCUGAAGCUUCUACAACAACACCUCAAUCCUCUAUCCCUGAUGUUGUGUAUCCUACAACUGUAACGGAAUCUUUUAAUGAUAAGUCUAUCCUUCCUACUACUGUUGUUACUCAUGUAACUGCAACUUCACCUUUAACAAAUAGUUCUACACAUAUUUCGACAAAUACCAUUGAUAAUUCUAUUACUACCAUUCAACCAUUUACAAAUGGAAUUGCAUCUUCUACAACUGACGAUACAUCUCCUGCAAUUCACACUACUCCUGCAUUUAACACUACAUCUCCUACUUCUGGUAUUAUAUCUCCAACUCCACUUUCGUAUUAUCCUGAAAAAACACCUAUUCUCACAACUACGACUGCUUUUUUUCCUAUAACAAAUAGCAAUUUACCUUCAAAUCAGACAGAUACUAUCCAAGUGCAGAACCAACAAAAUACACAUGCCCCUUUUAUACAGGCUCAACAACAAUUACUUGAAAAUAAUACUGGAUAUGCUUCAGGAAGUCCAAAUGCGACUCUUUCAAAUAAUUUUUUGACACCAACCCCAUCAAAUGAGCCUACCAAUGUUGUACCUACAGUUAAACCUACAGGUAAUUUAUUAAUACCAAUGGUUUCAGGAGGUAUAUUUAUUUUAGGAAUUAUUUUUCUUUUAGUUCUUCUUUGUAAAUAUACUCCCAUUGUAUCUUGGAUUCGUAAUAGGAAGUCAAAAAAAAAAAAAGCAAGAAAAAAGAUUAAGAAAAUAACAAGGGAACCGUUGCUAAUGGAUACUAAUAACACAAAGAAUGAACCAAUAAAUAAUGAAAAUUAUUCGUUCCUACACCAUGAAAAAGAAAUACCACUAUGUGAUAUGGGUUUGAAAAAUCGAAAAGAUUUGAAGUAUAAACAAGAAAAGAAAUCCAAGGCACAUAAAGGUAUGUAUAUGAAAAAUGAAAAAGAUUUGAAGUAUAAACAAGUGAAGAAAUCCAAAGCACAUAAAGGUGUGUAUAUGCAAAAUGAAAAAGAUUUGAAGUAUGAACAAAUAAAGAAAUCCAAAGUGCAUGAAGGAACGUAUAUGGAAAAAGAAAAAGAUUUGAAGUAUGAACAAAUGAAGAAAUCCAAAGUGCAUAAAGGAAUUUAUAUGGAAAAUGAAAAAGAUUUGAAGUAUGAACAAAUAAAGAAAUCCAAAGCGCAUGAAGGAAUGCAUAUAGAAAAUGAAACAGAUUUGAAGUAUGAACAAAUAAAGAAAUCCAAAGCGCACGAAGGAAUGCAUAUAGAAAAUGAAACAGAUUUGAAUUAUGAACAAAUGAAAAAAUCCAAAGCACAUAAAGGAAUGUAUAUGGAAAAUGAAAAUAAAUGCAUUCGUGAAAUUGUAGACGUAUCAAAUAAGCAUGAAAAUGAAUUAAUAUUGGGAGAAAACUUAUAUGAAGAUAAUCCUAGAAAUGAAAUCGAAGAAAAUGAAUUGAAUGUAAAUAAAUCUAGAAAUAAAAUCAAAGAAGAAAAAUUGAAUAAAAAUAUAUUAGGAAAAAAUACAGUUAAUGUAGAGUAUAUUAUGGAAAAUACAUUAAAUGAGGAAGAAACAAAUGAAAUAAAUGUAAUAAAAGAAAAAUAUGAAUGUGAAGAUGAAAUGAAAAAUUUAGAAAAUAAAAGAUCAAUUAAUGAUGAAGUACGUAGUUGGAAUACAUGGAUAAAUGUACAUAUGAUAGCAUUACUAGAGUGUAAAAAAGAAGAAUGGAAAUUGAAUAAAAAUGAAUUUUUUAAAAUUUGCUUAGAAGAGCUCAAGAAAGACGAAAAAAAUACAUAUUUAAAAGAAGAGGGCAAUAAUUUAGCAAAGAAAGGAGAAGAAGAAAAUAUUACAGUUAUGAUAGAAAAAAAUAGCAGUAUUCUAGAGAAAUGGAAAAAAGAAGAAUGGUUCAUUAAUUUGAAAAAAGAAUGGAAGAGAGAAGAAGAAAAGCAUUUAAAAUAUUUAGAAGAACCAGAGAUUGAGAAUGUAACAGUAGAAGAAAUAAGUAAUCUAAUGUUAGAAGAAAAAAAGAAAGUAUGGAAGAAGUGGAUAGAAAGACAAAGAAAACAUUCACAUAUAUACAAAAAACAGAAUUGGUUUGAAAAAUUGUUAGAAGAAUAUGAAAAUGAAGAAAUUCAUAAAAAUAUAAAGGAAGAAAAAAUUGAAAAAAUAAAUGCAGAAAAACUAGAGAAAGAAAGAAAUAAUGGAAUAGAUAAAUCUGAAAUGAAGAAAAAUUUGGAACAAAAAAUAUUGAUAGAUAUUCUCAUGAUGGUAUUAGAGGAAUGUAUUAAUGAAGAAUGGGAAAAAGAAGAAGAAGAAUUUAUUAAAACAAACAUACAAGAAAUGAGAACACAUGAAAAUUUGGACGAAGAAGCAAACAUAUUAGAUAAAAUAGGAAAAGAAGGAAGUUGGAGUUCAAUAUUAGAGAAAAAAAAAGAAGAAAUAAAAAAAUGGAAAAAAGAAAAAUGGUUUGUAGAGUUAAUGUUGGAUUGGAAAAAGAAUGAACAGAAAUAUUUAGAAGAACUAAAUAAAACGGUGUUUGAAAAAAAAAAUGAAGAAAGAAUAGCAAAUAUUACUUUAGAAAGGAAAAACAUUUUAUGGAAAAAACAUUGGGAAUAUAUUAUUAAAAAAUGGAAAAAGGAUUAUAACAAUGAAGAGUGGAUUACAAAGUUAGUUGAUGAAUAUGAAAAUAAAGGGAAAGAAUAUAAAAAUGAAAUUUAUAAAAAUAGCAUAGACAUAAAAAGAGAAAAUGGAGAAACCAGGAAAAAUUGUGAAUCAAUAAUAGAGAUUAAUAAAAAUACAGAAGAAAAAAUGCGAAAACAUGUAAGGAAUCAACCAGAAGGAUUUAACAAAAAUAUUAAUUCUAUAGACAGAAAAAAAUUAAAAUGGAAGGCUAUAAUAGAAAUAUAUAUGAUAAUAUUGCAGGAAUAUAGAAAAGAGGAGUGGUCUAUGAAUAGAGGAAAUUUUUUAGAAAUUUGUUUAGAAGAAUUUUUAAAGGAAGAAAAAGAAGAAUAUCUAAAAAUAAUAGAAAAUGAUUUAGCAGUGAUGAGAGAAGGGGAUGAAAACAACAGUACAAUAAUGAUAGAGAAACAAAAACUUCUAUGGAAAAAAUGGGUAAAAAGAAAUAAAAGCAUGUUAAAGAAAUGGAAAGACGAAGAAUGGUUUAUUAUGUUGAAGAAAGAAUGGGAAAAUUCACAAGAAAAAUAUGAAGAAGCAACAAAAGAAUCAAAAAUGGUAGAAAUAGAAGUAGGAAAAAAUCCUAUGUUAGAGAAACAAAAAAUAAUAUGGAAGCGAUGGAUAAAAAAACAAAGAAUGUGGUUUAUAGAAAACAGUGAAGAGAAAUGGUUUAAUGAUUUGUUAGACAUAUAUGAAAAAGAAAUGGAAAGUGAGGAAGGGAUAACUAAAAGAGAUGUAAAAAAAGUAAAGGAAUUUCAAGAAAACAUAAAGAAAUUUGAUCAAGAAAGAAAUAAUGAAGCAGACAAAUGUAUAAAGAAGAAAGCAUUGAUACAAAAAGUUUUCAUAGAAAUACAUAUGAUGGUAUUAAUAGAAUGUAAAAAGGCAGAAUGGGAAAAGGAAAAAGAGAAUUUUUUUAAAACAAUUAUAAAAGAGUCUGAAAUACAAGAAAAUCUAGGUGAAGAAGCAAAUGUAUUAGAAAAGGUAGGGAGAGGAAGAAGUUGGACUUCUACCUUAGAGAAAAAAAAAGAGGAAAUAAAAAAAUGGAAAAAGGAAAAAUGGUUUUUAGAGUUAAUGUUAGAAAUGAAAAAUAAAGAAAAAAGAUAUAUUAAGGAAAUAAAUAAAGAAAUGUUAGUAAAAAAGAAUGAAGGUACAAUUAAAAAUCCGAUGUUAGAAAGGCAAAAAAUUAUAUGGAAAAAACACUGGGAUGAUAUUCAUAAAAAGUGGAUAGAAAAAGGUAAUAAAGAAUGGUUCGAAGCACUAUUUUAUUAA